GGUCGUGGAGCGACUCGGGGCAACAAGGCUGCUGCUUGUUCGGCCGGCAGCGGCUAGCAGCAGGGGCAUGAGGGCGAACCCGGGAGGCGGCAGGUGAACGGGCCGGGAGGAGCGCCGGUCCCCGAGGAUCCCGAGAGUGCAAAGCUCGGGGCAGGGGCUGGGAGGCGUGGGGGAGCCGGGCCCUCCCCUCAGGAACGUGUCCUGGGGCCGACCCGGCCCAUAGUGUGGAAGCAGCUUCAGGUAGGUGAGCUCGUGGAACAAUAUGAAGAGGAGAAAAUAGCCUUUUAAGGAGAUUGGCCCACAGAAAGGAUGGCCUUCUUGGACAAUCCAACUAUCAUUCUAGCUCAUAUUCGACAGUCACAUGUGACCAGUGAUGACACGGGAAUGUGUGAGAUGGUUCUCAUUGACCAUGAUGUUGACCUAGAGAAGAUUCAUCCUCCUUCAAUGCCUGGAGACAGUGUGUCAGAAAUUCAGGGAAGCAAUGGUGAGACUCAGGGCUAUGUAUAUGCCCAGUCAGUCGAUAUUACCUCAAGUUGGGACUUUGGUAUUAGAAGACGCUCAAACACAGCUCAAAGAUUAGAACGACUCCGAAAAGAGAGACAAAACCAGAUCAAAUGCAAAAAUAUUCAGUGGAAAGAAAGAAAUUCUAAGCAAUCAGCCCAGGAGUUAAAGUCACUGUUUGAAAAAAAAUCGCUCAAAGAGAAGCCUCCAAGUUCUGGAAAGCAGUCAAUAUUAUCUGUACGCCUGGAGCAGUGCCCUCUGCAGCUGAAUAACCCCUUUAAUGAGUAUUCCAAAUUUGAUGGCAAGGGUCAUGUAGGUACAACAGCAACCAAGAAGAUUGAUGUCUACCUCCCCUUGCACUCAAGCCAGGACAGACUACUGCCAAUGACUGUGGUGACAAUGGCCAGCGCCAGGGUACAGGACCUGAUUGGACUCAUCUGUUGGCAGUACACAAGCGAGGGACGGGAGCCGAAGCUCAAUGACAAUGUCAGUGCCUACUGCCUGCAUAUUGCUGAGGAUGACGGGGAGGUGGACACUGAUUUCCCCCCACUAGAUUCCAACGAGCCCAUUCAUAAGUUUGGCUUCAGUACUUUGGCCCUGGUUGAAAAGUAUUCAUCUCCUGGUCUGACUUCCAAAGAGUCUCUCUUUGUUCGAAUAAAUGCUGCUCAUGGAUUCUCCCUUAUUCAGGUGGACAACACAAAGGUCACCAUGAAGGAAAUCUUGCUAAAGGCAGUGAAGCGAAGAAAAGGAUCCCAGAAAAUUUCAGGCCCUCAGUACCGCCUGGAGAAGCAGAGUGAGCCCAAUGUUGCCGUUGACCUGGAGAGCACUUUGGAGAGCCAGAGCGCGUGGGAAUUCUGCCUGGUCCGCGAGAACAGUUCAAGGGCAGACGGGGUUUUUGAGGAGGACUCACAAAUUGACAUAGCUACAGUACAGGAUAUGCUUAGCAGCCACCACUACAAGUCAUUCAAAGUCAGCAUGAUCCACAGACUACGAUUCACAACUGACGUACAGUUAGGUAUCUCUGGAGACAAAGUAGAGAUAGACCCUGUUACGAAUCAGAAAGCCAGCACUAAGUUUUGGAUUAAGCAGAAACCCAUCUCAAUCGAUUCUGACCUGCUCUGUGCCUGUGACCUUGCUGAAGAAAAAAGCCCCAGUCAUGCAAUAUUUAAACUCACGUAUCUAAGCAAUCACGACUAUAAACACCUCUACUUUGAAUCAGAUGCUGCUACUGUCAAUGAAAUCGUGCUCAAGGUUAACUACAUCCUGGAAUCACGAGCGAGCACUGCCCGGGCUGACUAUUUUGCUCAAAAACAAAGAAAACUGAACAGACGUACAAGCUUCAGCUUCCAGAAGGAGAAGAAAUCCGGGCAGCAGUGAUACUGGCCUCAACCCUCAGUCUGUUGCUGUGGCCCCAGAGCCUGCCUGCCAGGGCCAAAACCCUAGAGCCCACCCUGUGUCCUGCAGUCCUGUGGGCUUAGGGCUGGUGGGCUCCUGGGGGAAGGGGGGGCACCCCUAAGAGGGAACGCUGGGGACAUUGCCAUGGGACCGAAGCCUGAUUGGCAGCGGCUAUGACUAGCAAUGCCCGGGGCCAGGCCACCCCUAGAGGAGCCUCGUGCUGCCCAGCCAUCCUCAGUGCCUGGCAGCCUCCCCGAGGAUGUACAUAGCCGUGCCCAGACAUUUCCUUGCAACUUGAUCAAAUUUCUUAAAGCAAACGAAGAACAAAAAUGUACAUUUCUUUUUUUUCCUUUUAAUAAACAGGUGUACUCUUUAUUGUGGUUGGUAUGAUGGACCAUUCUUUGGCAAGAGAAUUGAUUAUGUUAUUCUCUUCAAAAUCUGUUCCCAUAUUGAACAGGCAGAUUGGAAAAGCUAUGGUUCGAUUUCUCAGAAGAAAUGUUUAGGGCUUAGUUGAUAGUUUUAACUAUGCCAUUUGUUUAAAUGAGUGCAUUUGCUUUGAGGAUAGUGUCUUACUAAAAGUUAGGAAUGGGGACCUAGUUGUCUGUCCAAGGCUGUGUCAUUUUCCCCUGCAAAAGCCUUUUCUCCUCAGCGUGUCCCAGCACCUCUGAUUGCAGAGAUGCAGAACCUCAUGUAAAGCUCAGGACGCUGGGAGAAUGGGGGUGCCGGCCAGUCCUCGGGCCAUGCUCAGCUCGCGGCCUGAAGUGGUCUCUCCAUUCCUUACGUAGCAAGCGUAAGUUGCACCUGACAACUAGACCUGCAUGUGGAUGUUCCCGGAGCUGGACUAGUCUCUGCUUUGCUGAUGUUGAUGGGGCCUCAUUUCCCUUUCCUCUCCGGACUGCGCUGCCCUUGUAGGAGCCGGCUGGGAGCUUUUCACUGUGCAGGGAGAAGGGGGGCGGGGGAGCUGCAUCCAAGCUGGUGGCUCCCUGUGGGGAGGGAAGGGGUCGACACCCACUGACACCACACCUCUGGCCACACCAGAUGCCUCUGCGGUCCUCGUCAGCCUCUCCAGUGCCCCUCCCACAGUGACAUCCUUUCAUACUGUCCACGGCCAGGGCUGAGGACCAGAUGUUUCACUGAGGACCUGCACUUAAAACAUUUUUUAAAAUUGUUGUACAGGAAGAGAUGUGUCCAAAACAGCAUCUCAAAGUCAAGUGUAUUUCAUUGCACAGGAGUCAUUUUAAUGACUUCCUCUUUCAUUCAAGUCUGUGUUCAGCCAGCAGGAGUAAUCCUUUUCUAACGUCUUCCAUUCCUACCCACCCUGGAAACAAAAAAAAUAUUAUUUGUAGCUUGCUAUCUGUAUUUGAAUUUUUAGCAAUUUUAUAUUUAGAUAUCUUUGAAAAAUGUAAAUGACUAAUUUGGUCAUCAAAUC